GUGGGGCCGGAGCGCGGCUGCCUUGGCUCUGGAGGAGGGGAAGCAGUGGCAGCGUUCCUCUCUCCUCACCACAACCCUGUACUUGAGUCGCAGAGACCUUUGCCCCCGGCGGGCGGCCGAUAAAUGGGUUUUUCUUCUCUGGGCAUAAAGCCAUGGCUGAAAUGAGCAAUAUCAAUGUACAAAAACUAACCAUUGUUCAACAAGCAAUAGCCUCUUGUUGUGGAGCAAUACUUACAUCAUUAUUUGUAACUCCUCUUGAUGUUAUCAAAACUCGACUGCAAGCCCAAGGGAAUCCAUUCCAUGAUGGAAAGUGUUUUAUAUACUCCAGUGGCCAUAUGGAUCAUGUAUAUGUUUGUGAAAAUGGGGACAGCAAAGCCUGGUAUAAAAAACCUGGGCAUUUCAAAGGGACGUUGGAUGCAUUUGUGAAAAUUAUUCGAAUAGAGGGAAUUAAGUCGCUGUGGAGUGGGCUUCCCCCAACACUAAUAAUGGCAGUUCCUACCACAGCAAUCUAUUAUACCUGCUAUGAUCAGCUGUGUGAAGCUUUGAAAAAUAGACCAGGAAAGCAUGAUGAGCACAUUCCAGUUAUUGCAGGUUCCUUAAGCAGAUUUGGUUCUGCCACUGUGGUGAGUCCCCUGGAGCUGAUCAGAACUCAAAUGCAGUAUCGCAGGUCAUCCUACAAGCAGCUGUACCUGCGUGUCAGCUCCAAAGUGGCUGCAGAUGGGUGGCUCUCCCUGUGGCAGGGCUGGACUUCUACUAUUCUGAGAGAUGUACCUUUCUCAGCAAUGUAUUGGUAUAAUUAUGAACGUUUCAAGAAGAUGAUGUGCAAGGAAGUUGGUGCAAAUGAACCUACAUUUUUUGUUUCUUUUACUUCAGGAGCAGCAUCUGGCUCUAUUGCAGCUGUUGUAACUCAGCCAUUUGAUGUAGUGAAAACACAUAGACAGACUCAACUUUGGGAGAAUGAGACCUUAAAAAUUCCACAGAGGGACAGUAAAUCAACCUGGGCAGUUAUGAGGAAAAUUGCCGCUAGAAAUGGGAUUGCUGGAUUAUUUGCAGGUAUUGCUCCACGGCUGUUUAAAGUUGCUCCUGCUUGUGCCAUAAUGAUCAGCACGUACGAAUAUGGAAAGGCUUUCUUUUCUCAUUUAAAUGAAAAAAAGAAUCAUCCAUAGUUGUUCUUCAUCUGGUUGUAUGAAGGCAAAGUAUAUGAUGGAAGUUGUGCCAAAUUUAAAUCUGUGAAGAUGUUUUUUAGAAUUCCCAGUGAAUUUCUACCAUUACAUUUGCUGGAGAGAAAAAAAGAAAGGAAGGAAGAACAGAAGAAAAAAGCAAGGAGGAAGAGAAGAAAAAUUGAGGCUGGACAUAGCAAUGAAGAAUAAUGACUUCCCCUGUGUUAGAUUUUCAGUCAUGAUUAAACAUUUUAGUUGGGUUUUAAAAUUAUGUUUUAAAAUGUUUUGGGUUUCUAAUUGUAAGAUAUAUUUAUUUCUCAGUAAGGAGGUUGAGACAGAGCAAAUUCAAUAAAUACUUAUUUAUUCUUGCUGCGUGUUAUGUGUUUCAUUCUGUACAUGUUUGUUAGUUGCAGCUCUGUAUUUUUGCGUGACUGCAUUUUAUAAAAGCUUCUCAGGUUUAUUUGAAAUGAAAAAUUCUGUAA